UGGAUGUUAAUCAGAAAAAGAAAACUGCUCGCCAGCUGCAAUAUGUGCUUCAGAUUGAAGAAAGAAAUCAGAAAAAGACGAUGAACUUGAGCGGAGAGCCGCCGUCUUCUUCCAAAUGCUUGUUGGUGUUGUUUUUAUUCAUCUUCGUUAUUGCUCGCGCCGAUUAUUCCAAUGCUCAGACUCCCACUGCCACCACCGAUCCAUCUGAAGUGAGGGCAUUGAACUCAAUAUUCCAACAAUGGCAAAUACAAGCAGUGGAUUCAUGGAACAUCAGCGGAGAGCCAUGCAGUGGAACUGCUCUCACCGAAAGCUUUUCUGUGUUCGAGGAUCCUUCCAACAACCCUUCCAUCAGAUGUGAUUGUUCUUUCAACAAUCGAACUCUUUGCCACAUCACUAGCUUGAGGGUAUAUGGUCUAGAUAAACGAGGAGUCAUACCAGAGGAGCUUUUGGAUUUACCUUUUCUGAAUUUCUUGAAGAUUGAUAAAAACUCCUUCUCUGGUCCUUUGCCAGCAUUCAUUGGAAACUUGUCUAGAUUAGGCCUACUGUCAAUUGCCCACAAUGAUUUCUCUGGACCCAUUCCAAAGGAGCUUGGAAAUCUCAAGAAGCUAUAUCUGCUGUCUUUGGGUAAUAAUAAUGGAAUCUCUGGAACACUGCCUCCAGAACUUGGUAACUUAGUAGAACUUGGAGAACUAUACAUUAAUAGUUGUGGAUUGAGUGGUGAGAUUCCUUCAACAUUUGCUAAUCUUGUAGAACUUCGAAUCGUGUGGGCAUCCGACGCUGCACUCACAGGCAAAAUACCGGACUUUGUCAGUAACUGGACGAAGCUUACAUCAUUGAGAUUUGAAGGGAACUCUUUUGAAGGUCCAAUACCAUCCAGUUUUGCAAAUUUAGCCUCAUUGACUUCUUUGCGAAUUGGUGGAAUAUACAAUGGGAGUUCCUCUCUUGAUUUUGUGAGAAGUCUAAAGAACUUGACUGACUUGGUUCUAAGAAAUGUCAUGCUCACUGGUAUUUUGCCUUCUUAUAUCACGGAAUUACAAUCUUUACAAAAGCUGGAUUUGAGUUUCAACAACUUAACAGGCCAAAUUCCAAGCGCUUUGUUCAGUAUGAAUUCUCUCAUAUACUUGUUUUUUGGAAAUAACAGUCUAUCUGGUUCUAUUCCCAGCCAAAAGAGUGAAACUCUUCAGACUAUAGAUUUAUCAUACAAUUUACUUUCCGGAAACUUGCCUUCUUGGGUAAACUCAAGCUUGCAAUUGAACCUUGUGGCCAACAACUUCACACUUACCAGCUCAAACCUAAGGCUUUUACCAGGAUUAGACUGCCUUCAAAGAAGCUUCCCAUGCAAUAGAAAUGCUCCACGAUAUGCGAACUUCUCAAUCAAGUGUGGUGGACCAGAGAUGACAUCUAAUGGGAUAUUAUUCGAGGCUGAUAAUAGAACUCUUGGCGCAGCGAAAUUUCAUGUAACCAGUACACAGAAAUGGGCAGUUAGCAAUGCAGGAUUGUUUGCAGAUAGACAGAAUCAACAGUAUGUUCAAAACUCCGGAGCACAAGUCAGGGGUACCAACACUCCGCAGAUGUAUCAGACUUCGAGGCUAUCCCCUGGAUCACUCAGAUACUAUGGCCUAGGUCUUGAGAAUGGACCCUAUACUGUAAACUUGUUCUUCGCAGAAACAGGUUUCACAGACCGAACCUCACAGUCUUGGACGAGUCGAGGAAGUCGUGUUUUUGAUGUUUAUAUUCAGGGAACUCGGCUAUUAAGGGAUUUUGAUAUAUUGGAGGAGGCAGGUAAUGUUGAGAGAGCAAUAACUAGGAAUUUCACAGCUAACGUGACGGGGAACUAUCUUGAGAUUCACCUAUUUUGGGCUGGUAAGGGUACUUGCUGCACACCAGAAAGAGGUUAUUAUGGUCCAUCUAUUUCUGCUAUAAGUGUUGUUCCAAAUUUCAGACCAACUGUCAAUGGCAUACCGCCAGGCAAUCCUAAAGAGAAGAACAACACAACACUGAUUGCUGGUGUUACAGUUCCUGUUGUGGCAUUGGCUUUGAUACUUAUAUUUGCAAUUAUUUAUGUGAAGAGAAAGAGAGAAGAUGAUAUUGAGGAGGAGGUGCUUCUUGGCAUCAGUCCUAGACCAAACACAUUUAGUUAUUCCGAGUUAAAAGCUGCCACCGAAGACUUCAGUCCUUCGAACAAGUUAGGAGAAGGGGGAUUCGGACCUGUGUAUAAGGGUACACUUCCUGACGGGAGAGUUGUAGCUGUGAAACAACUCUUAGUAGAAUCAAACCAGGGGAAAGAACAAUUUGUUACUGAGAUAGCUACCAUAUCAGCAGUGCAACAUCGUAAUCUUGUCAAACUAUACGGAUGCUGCAUUGGAGGAAAUAGGCGUCUUCUUGUUUAUGAGUAUCUUGUGAACAAAAGCCUUGAUCAAGCACUCUGGGGACAAAGUAACUUGCAUCUUGAUUGGCCAACCCGCUUCAGUAUCUGCUUAUCAACUGCUAGAGGGCUAGCUUAUCUUCACCGGGAUUCUAGGCCAAGGAUUGUUCAUAGGGACGUUAAGGCGAGCAAUAUUUUGCUUGAUGAAGAGCUCUGCCCGAAGAUAUCUGAUUUCGGAUUGGCAAAGCUUUACGAUGACAAGAAAACACACCUCACCACUCGUGCUGCCGGAACAAUUGGCUACCUGGCACCGGAGUAUGCAAUGCGCGGGCACCUUACAGAUAAAGUUGAUGUUUUCAGCUUUGGUGUUGUUGCUUUGGAGCUUAUAAGUGGUAGACCAAACUCGUAUAAUACCUCAGAAGACGAAAGAAUUUAUCUUCUUGAAUGGGCAUGGACCCUGCAUGAAAACAACCAAACCUUGAGCCUGCUCGAUCCCACAAUAUCGGAGGUUGACGAAAACGAAGCCCUGCGAGUGAUAGGGGUGGCACUUUUAUGCACUCAGGCAUCACCAUCAAUGCGGCCGCCCAUGUCUCGUGUUGUUGGUAUGCUUACAGGGGAUAUUGAAGUGAGCAUUGUUACAACAAAACCGAGUUACAUAACUGACUGGGAUUAUAAGGAUGUAGCAGGCAUGAAUGAAGAAUCACAAACAUCAAAUGCAUCUGAUCAUGGCAGCAGCGACCACAAGAGCAAGAACAAGAGUAUUUCAGAGUUAACUUAUCCACCAAUUCCCUCUCCAGUUAAUAUUACUGAAUUCAGGGAGGUUAUUGGAGAAGGAAGGUGAGAAUUAUUUGUUGUUCA